UCACAAGAGCGAGCACAGCGGCUGUGAUCAUCACAACAGGUUGCGUGCAGCUGGCUGAUCACUGAGCACCAGAGGAGCCUGUCCACCUGCUGUCCUUCACCGGGCCUGUCCUCGUCCUCCUGCCCGCCCGGUGUCCACUGCUUCCCCGGUCCUCACAGCCAGGGGACACUCCGACAGCCUCCACCCUCCUCGGCCGGGGACUUAUCGUUGUGAGAGGCUGCGGACUACCCGGCGGACACCUGCCCUCAGGGCGAUGGGGCUCCCCGCUGUGCAGCUCACCUCCGGGCUCCUCACCGGCUUCCUGGUGCUGCUGCUGCCGCUGCUGGCCUCCGGUCUCCCCGCUCGCACCCCGGAGAACCCGGGCCUGGUUUUCAUCGAGCAGAACCGGGUCGGAUUCAACUGGAGAAAUGUCUCCUGUUCCAUGUGUAAAGCCGCCUUCACCAUCCUGGAUGUCGCCCUGCUGACUGACUCAAAUGAGGAGCGGGUGGCCCGUGCAUUCGGGGAGGCGUGUAUCCGUCUCCAUCUGGCCGAUGAGCAGGUGUGUCGACAAAUAACCGAGCUGUUCAGGGACGACUUCAUCCGAGCUCUGCAGGAGUCUGUGCUGUGGCCCUCCGAGGCUUGUGCCAUUCUGAUCGGCCCCUCCUGUGGCAAGUUUGACCUCUACGCACCCUGGAACAUCACCCUGCCGAAGGUCCCCAAGCCUCCUGUGACACCCCCCUCUCCUCCUAAACCUGGUUCUCCACAGAGCCGGGUCCUAUUUCUAACUGAUAUCCACUGGGACAAGGAGUACCAAGCCGGCAGCUCUGCAGACUGCAAGGACCCUCUGUGCUGCCGGAACGACUCUGGCUCUCCCAGCUGGAGGCGGCGAGAGGCUGGCUACUGGGGAACCUACAGUAAGUGUGACCUGCCUCUGCGCACGGUGGAGAACCUCCUGGAAAAUGCAGCCGAAGCCGGAUCCUGGGACUGGGUUUACUGGACCGGAGAUAUACCAGCGCACAAUGUUUGGUCCCAGACCAGGAAACAACAGCUGUCCGAGCUUUCUGUCAUCUCCAGGCUCAUCCACAAACACCUGGGACCUAAUGUGACAGUUUAUCCUGCUAUAGGGAAUCAUGAGAGUACGCCAGUGAACAGCUUCCCACCGCCCUUUGUUCAUGGCAACAGAUCCUCCUCCUGGCUCUACGAUUCGAUGGCAGAGGAAUGGUCCGCAUGGUUACCAGAGGAAGCUUUGAAGACUCUAAGAUACGGAGGAUUCUACACGGUGAAGAUUCGGCCUGGUCUCAGGGUGGUCUCUCUCAACAUGAACUUCUGUGCUCGAGAGAACUUCUGGCUGAUGGUGAACUCGACUGACCCGGCUAACCAGCUGCAAUGGCUGGUCCACAUACUGCAGACCAGUGAGGAGCAGGGAGAGAAGGUACACAUCAUAGGUCACAUCCCACCUGGCCUGUGUCUCGGCAGCUGGAGCUGGAACUACUAUCACAUUGUCAACAGAUAUGAAAGUACAAUUGCUGGGCAGUUUUUUGGUCAUACGCACUUAGACGAGUUCCAAAUGUUUUAUGAUGAGAAAACCAUGAGCCGCCCGCUGGGAGUGGCUUUCAUCGCUCCCAGUGUUACUACCUUUAUUAAUCUGAACCCAGGAUACCGUGUCUACUAUGUCGAUGGUGACUACCCCGGCAGCUCUCGGCUCGUGCUCGACCAUGAAACCUACAUCCUCAACCUCACAAAGGUCAACCACAGUCCAGGGUCUCUACUCGGCCCAGAACCAAACCCGAAAUGGACACUGCUUUACCGCGCCACCGAGGCAUACGGUCUUUCCACCCUGUUCCCGUCAGAUUACGACAAGCUGAUGCAGGCCUUCGUCAAUGAUGACCGAGUCUUCCAAAGGUUCUGGUACUUCAGGCAUAAAGGACACGUGUCGGAGCCCUGCAAGGAGACAUGCAAAACCUCACUGCUCUGCUUUCUGCGGAGUGGGCGUUACGACGAGUUGGAGCAGUGCGACCUCCUCAAUGGUUUCAAAGGCAACAUGGCAAGGGCUGCCAGAAAAACUCUCUGCUGAUCUGAGGAAGUUUGGACUGACUGGUUGAACAGAGAAAAAGAGCAGUUGGACCAAAUAAGAAAUUGAGCCAAAAAGUUUGUUUUUUUUGCUGGUGGUUAAGGAUAGGAACAGUCUUUGGAUUUCAUCUACUGUGACGAGGUUGAGGAUUUGUCAGUUUUGCCUUGUGCUGUUGGUCAUGUUUCUGCAAAUGCAAUGUCAGUUGUGUGAAGACUGAUAGAAAGUCCUGGACAACAAUCUUGAAAUGCUGCUCUAAGACAACAUUCAUUCAUGUAAAUGUCCUCGAAGAUUGUUAGGAUUUUCGGCAUUUUUGCCCAUUUCCUUCACGCAUGAAGUUUCUUUUUACUGCUGCCUUGUUGAUUGGGACACAGUGGAAAGUUUGCUUUAAAUGUAUCACUAUCUGACUUUUGACCUGUCCCACAAUGCUUCUCUUCGCCACAGACUUUAUUGAAUCUGGUGGGUUAAUGGACCUCAGUGAUUAUAUACCAGGGCUAGUUUUGUUGAGUCAUAACGUUGCGUAAAUGCAAGUUCUCUAUCUGAGCCAUUUGUGAAGAUUCAGUUAAAGUACAAAACCUUAAUGCACAGCACCAUCUGCCUUAGAUCUUGCAAAGAUGUCUUCUAGUCUAGAUAAGUGUCGGUGUUUCUCACUAAGUGUUACUUGUGUCUGCACUUUAAUUAUUUUGUUAGCUGGUGUAAGUUCCAGGUGUAUUGGAGAACAAGUUUGAUAGACUUUCAACAGGGAAAUGUUUUCAGGUCUUGAUCUAUGCAUCCUGUGGUGUAACAUGAGCAUGACAAUGGAUGUAAAAAGCAAUAAUUCAAAGAUUGUAUAAAAUACGAAUAAAUGAUAUCUUAAACUCUU